AUGACUCGUCUAUUAUCAUUAUCUAAUUUGUUAUUAAUACAAAUUAUAACAGAGAUUGAAGAUAAUGUAGAUUUAGUAUGUUUGUUGUUAACUUGUAAAAAGUUGUAUAAUAGUAGUUUUACUUUUAGAAGAUCGAUUCACUUUAAAGGUAUAGGAGAACCUAUCAAUGAAAAAGGAGAGAUAUCAUCACAGUUUACAGCAACAGUCAGUCGAUUCAACAUCAACUCUUUUAAAGAUAUAUUAGAGAAUAGUAUAUCGAAUCAGUAUGUUGUACUACCUGACCUUUAUCAUCCCGAUGCUAUACUUCGCCACACUUCAACAAACAGACACAACGCUGGUACCAUUACAACGGUUUUGGUGAAUGAUUAUGAACAAAAGUUUAUAGAUUCACUCGACAAAAGACCAUCGAUCGAGACAUUAUACAUUGACCAUCGAUAUUCUAGUACAAUAGAUCUAGGCGUCAUCUCACAACUACCCAAUCUCCAAAGACUAUCAGUUCGUGUACAAGAGUUUAAUCUUGGUACUCAUACAUCACUAAAGUCACUAAAACUAUAUUUCACUUCUAAACAUCAUCUCGUUGACCUGGAACUCAAUCGAUUCGUAUCGCUUACAGAACUGACUUGUCAUUUUGUAUCAAAGAUCGCACCAGGUCUAUUACCAAUCACUUUGACAUCUCUUACUCUACUAUCAGUAGAAGAUAUACCACCACAAGAUACAUUCAAUACAUUAGUAUCACUAGUCUAUUUAAAAUUAGAACUAAUAGGCAGACAUGUUACCUCGAGAGGUAUAGAUCUAUCUACUCUACUGAAUCUCAAGACAUUUCUAUUGGAUUAUACAGUAAAUGAUACAUUCGAUACAGUAGACUAUAACAUCGAGAUUAGAGUACCUCCAUCUCUCAAGAUACUUCAUCUCGUGUCCUAUUACACUCGUAUCCCGUCACAAUAUAAAAUGCCACUGUUGGAAGAAUUGAAUGUCAAACAACACUUAUUGAUUGAUGGUAAAGUCAGUUUGUCAUCAUGUCUAUCGAUAAAGAAACUUAGUAUUGGCGAUUGCAAUGAUAUUAUUGCAAACAAAUUCAUACCAUCAACUAUCCAAGAACUUACAAUCUACAAAGAAACUAAAAAAGAUAUACUUGGACAAAUUGAAUUCCCACCAACUCUUCUUCAUCUCACAGUAUUGGGAAGAUACUCUGAAUCUAUCCACCCUUUACCUCAAUCACUCAUCAAUCUAAAACAGAGUGUCAACCAAUCAACAAUACCUCAACAUUUAAAAACACUCGAUUUGAAAACCAAGCUUACCAAUCUAGUUUUCAAAUCCUCCUAUCCACCUCAUCUUGAAACACUAAACCUAUAUUAUAUUGAUGGAAAUUUUGCAAUCAAUAUACCACCAAUCACAAAAUAUCUAACUUUAUCAUUGAACCCUACCCCAAACUCGGGGUCACCUAAAAUUCCAAUUUAUUCAAUAAGCUCAAGGUUAAAUAAACCUAUUGAUAAAUCACAAACACAAUGGUUACCAAUUCAUACUACUCAUCUAGCAUGCUUUCUAAAUGAUCCAAAGUAUCACAUCCACAUAUCAUUUAGAUUAGAUGAAAUAAUCAAUUACACCAAUGUUAGAUAUUUAUCAUUCAUUAUUGGCAUUUCUACCUCAAAUACAACAUUAAAAUUUUCAAUUCAAAGAUUAGACCCAGACAACAAUAAUGUAUUGGUAUUGGAAAGACAGUCACUGACAGGUGGAAUAAUCACUCAAAGAAAAUCAAUCAACAAUCAACCAAUACCAAUUUAUUUAUAUUUUGAUACAUGCUCUUACAUUCCAUAUGACUUUAAAUGGAAAUUUUUUGUUGUUGAUAAUAAAGACAAAUCGAAAAUGGAUUGUUAA